AUGUCGACAUCAUCUGUUCCAACCAUGAAACUGCCCCGUGUCCGCCUGGCAGAAGCAGUGGAACGCGUCACCUCGCUUGAUGGUGCUACCACGACAGACGUGAACCAAGAAUGUCUCGCUGUCAUCUUGUGGUGUUUCACCCGGGUGAAACCCAACGUGCAAUGUACCAAGCUGCGUGCAACUACAUACGACGACUUCUAUGGUUGCCUGAAGAAAGCAGCUGAGCGAGUGAAGGCGCACGAUGAGACCGCGUACCAACGCACCCUGCACGCGUUCCAGAACGCCUCCACCAUCUCCAACAUUCUCGUGAUGGAGGAAGCCAUCAAGCUCGGGUUCGACCCCGCGUACAUGGAAAAACAGAAAAAGAGAGGUACACGCGAAUUUGAUGAGACCAAGCAAACGUUGGCCGAACUGUUCAAGAAAAAGAAAAGCGACGACAAGCAGGUGCAACAGCAACGUCAGCAACAGCAAACGCCCUUGUCCUGCGCCAGCAGCGGUGGCAGCGGUGGCGAGCCGUCGGUCGGCUCACAGGCUGCCACGCACGCUCUCCUGGAGAGCAUGCAGUCGCAACACAACUUGCUCGCAGAAAUGGUCUCGAAAGUUGGCACGGGCGGCGUCGGCAGCCAGGGGCGCCGACCCCGGGCACAUCAGGAGCCCCUGCUGCAACUGACCGACGGUUCGGUGGGGCCCAGAGCGGCAGCGCAGCCAGGACAACAGCCACAGCAGGUAACCACGAGCCCAGCGCGCCAGCACCUGCAGCCACAGGAAGCACAACAAGCCCGCCAGCAACCGCAAGAGCCACUGCGGACCUACCAGCCCGGGCAGCAACAGCUGCCACCGCAGGUCCAGCACCACGCCGACGCAGAGCCCCCCCAACAGCAGCACGAGCCCUUGCACGCCCGCGAGCAGCCCGACGGGGGGCAACCGCAGGCGCAGCAGACGCAGGAGCCACAGCAGCCCCCUGAGCAGGAGCAUCCCCAGCCGCAGUCUUCAGAGUACGACGAGAACAAGUGCGCGUUCUGCCAGGACACGAUUGAUCCUCACGGGGUGGGCGACAGUGCAGUCGAAGCGUUGCCCGUCGACGACGACGCCACGCUCCUGGACGUUGAUUGCGACGUCCUCGCGGUCGACGGGUCGCGUGCCCUGAGCGAGGCGAACCUGGGUGUCACAUGCACGGCCGUGAAGGCCGAACUGAAUUCAAGUAUGGUUCUCGAGGUGACCUGCGUGGUGAUCUUGAAAGAAGAGUCCCGAGCCACACUGAUGUCAGCAGUACUCCCAGCUGGUGUCUUCUUGACUGAGCAGCAGUCCAAGAAAGUGCCCCGCUUCGUUAAGCAGAAGGACGAUGAGGAUCCGAAGGGGGCUUCGGAGCAGAGCGCCUUCGCCUUCGCGUCGGGCGUGCUGGUGUCGAUGGUCAUCAGGAACGCCACCCCCAAGAAGAAAGCUGGACCCACCGCCGGCCAGAAGCAGCAGGGGCCCCCGCUGGCCGCCAAGAGCAUCAAGAAAGUGAAGGUCACCUCCAUCGAGCCCUUCGCUGAGUUCGCCGCUCGUCAAGAGAACGUGGGAGGAGGAGACUGCUUCCCGAUCGCGUUGGGCUCGGCCUUGAAUGAUCUGAAGCCGCAGGCAAAGCCAUUGUCUGCCGAGGAUGGUGCCGUUGGAGGUCGUAUCCCAGGUAUUGUACGCUGUUUGGUAUCCAAGGAGAUUGCCAAGAACCCCAAGACCUACAACCUCGAGAAGGGGGCGGAUCUGAUCACGACCCUCGCCACGAGUAAGACGAUGUUCAAUAGUAUUGGCGUCUUGGCAGCAGCUUUGGCGACAAAAACUGAGAUACUCAUAUGGGCAAAAGCAAGUGAUGGUCAUUGGAUGUUGUAUGGGCCUCCGCCGCAGUUCGCGAAGAGACUCAAGCAACAAGUGAUGAUGGUGUUGGAGAAUAAGCAUUAUGAACGUCUGGUGUUGAAGAAGCCAGUCGAUGUAGCAACUAUGAAGAAGUGGAAAGAGGUGGCCGUUGGUGAGAACAAAGGCAAGCAGAUCCUGGAGAAGACCCGCGACAAGGCCCUUCGACGGGCCCAGCAGCGGCGAGCCCAGCCUGCAGUGCAUGACGCCUGGAAGCAGGCCAAAGCUGAAGUUGCACGUACCAAGUACCGAGCCACCCGUGAUGCCUAUACGAAGGCGUACCGCGCCACGCACAGGAUGACAGCACAGGUGAAAGAGCAGCGACGAGCCAGAGUAGCCGAGAGGCGGACCCUGGAUCCCGAGUGGCACAAGAAGAUGAAAGAGUACUGGAAGCAAAGGUACAGGCACUACGACGAGAUGGACUACCAUCUCCUGUGGUGGUGGAGUAUUGCGGCUGGUAUCGGCAAGGUGACGGUGCAACGUGAUAAAGAUCUCGAUCAUCGAGCAGUGGCUGUGAAGACGGCGACGGUGGCCGCCGUGAGCGGCUAUGGGCCUGUUCGGGGAGAUAUAAAUUGGGUACGCAGGGCUCUCGACUGGGCCCAGAAGUUGAGUAACCAUACCAUCCUCGUCGGGGACCUGAACUGGUUCUCUAGAUACGCUAAGCUGGUGGGCCCUGGUUGGCACAUGAGCGCCUACACGGCAGCGGUGCAGUACGUGAUCCCCAGGAUAAGUUCUGGACAGGGGCCCCAGGUGGGGCCCAUGCAGUACGUGCUGUGGCUCGUGUGGCUUGUCUGCGUGCAGUACAUCUCACACGAAAAGAUGUGGAAGGUAUCGAGCGUCCUCGCGGUCGACGGGUCGCUUGCCCUGAGCGAGGCGAACCUGGGUGUCAAAUGCACGGCCGUGAAGGCCGAACUGAAUUCAAGUAUGGUUCUCGAGGUGAUUGGCACGCUGAAGAGCAUGAUCGACACCUACACUUCUCGAGCAGCUCCGAUGACAGUUGCUCCCAAGGACCUUGAGGCCUGGGCCAAGGCCAGAGGUUUCCAGAACAUACAAGCCGUUUCCAGAGCUGGAGUUCGCAAGUGGUUCUUUCGUGGAGAUCUUGAGGGUGCUUCGGAGCAGAGCGCCUUCGCCUUCACGUCGGGCGUGCUGGUGUCGAUGGUCAUCAGGAGCGCCAGCCCCAAGAAGAAAGCUGGACCCACCGCCGGCCAGAAGCAGCAGGGGCCCCAGCUGGCCGCCAAGAGCAUCAAGAAAGCGAAGGUCACCUCCAUCGAGCCCUUCGCUGAAUUCGCUGUUCGUCAAGAGAACGUGGGAGGAGGAGACUGCUUCCCGAUCGCGUUGGGCUCGGCCUUGAACGAUCUGAAGCCACAGGCAAAGCCGCUGUCUGCCGAGGAUGUUGCCGUUGGAGGCCGUAUCCCAGGUAUUGUACGUUGUUUGGUGUCCAAGGAGAUUGCCAAGAACCCCAAGACCUACAACCUCGAGAAGGGUGCGGACCUGAUCACGUCCCUCGCCACGAGCAAGACGAUGUUCAACAGUAUUGGUGUCUUGGCAGCAGCUUUGGUCCAGCCAUGUACCAAGCGCCCAAUGCGCUACACCAUCAAGCAGCUGCUCCAGGUGGCCGUUGGUGAGAACAAAGGCAAGCAGAUCCUGGAGAAGACCCGCGACAGGGCCCUUCGACGGGCUCAGCAGCGGCGAGCCCAGCCUGCAGAGCAUGACGCCUGGAAGCAAGCCAAAGCUGAAAUUGCACGUACCAAGUACCGAGCCACCCGUGAUGCCUAUGCCAAGGCGUACCGCGCCACGCAUAGGAUGACAGCACAGGUGAAAGAGCAGCGACGAGCCAGAGUAGCUGAGAGGCGGACCCUGGACCCCGAGUGGCACGCGAAGAUGAAAGAGUACUGGAAGCGAAGGGCUCUCGACUGGGCCCAGAAGCUGAGCAACCACACCAUCCUUGUCGGGGACCUGAAUUGGUUUUCUAGAUAUUCUAGAUGUCUGAGGUGGAUGGCUGAAGAUAGCGACCCCCCCAAGCACGUAGGCACUCACUUCAUCGAGGGCGUUCCGCACCACGGCAUGUGUAUCUUUGAGGGUGCAGGCGCCCGCCUCGACCUGAGGCACAUGAGCGCCUACACGGCAGCGGUGCAGUACGUGAUUCCCAAGAUAAAUUCUGGACAGAGGCCCCAAGUGGAGCCCAUGCAGUACGUGCCGUGGCUCGUGUGGCUUGUCUGCGUGCAGUACACCUCACACGAAAAGACGUGGAAGGAGUGCCCGCACUUUGAGGAUAAGAGAAAGGAGUUGGCACGUGAGAUGAAGCUGAGUAGUACGUUUUGGGCCAUGGUGCCCCGAGUUACGAGUAAGAGCGGCUGGGUAUGUUACUCAGCAUCGCCGAAUUCAGAGGAGAGAGCUCGCAUGCUGGUGGCAUCAGUCCGUCUUGGUGCAUACAUCGUGCGGGAGAAUUUCACGCCGACCGAGCGG